AUGGGGGUCUUUCCCGGUUCUACCAAACCCAAAUCUCUGAUCAGCUUCAUAACAGUCUCCUUUUCAUUCUGUGCUGUUUUUCUCCUCCUAUCGGUACUACAUCUGCGCACUAAUGAUCUAGUCGAUGAGCAUCGUUCAUUAGAAUAUGUGUCUGCACCGACCACUCUCGAUCAUGUCGUUUUUGGUCUUGCUGCAACGGCUCGUUCUUGGCCUGAACGGAAGGACAAUGUCAAGCUAUGGUGGAAACCUCGUUAUACGAGAGGAUGUGUGUUCGUUGACGGCCUUCCUCCUCUUGAACCCCGUCCCAACAAGGAUACUUCUCUCCCUCCUCUCUGCGUCUCCCAAGACACUUCGCGUUUUCGCUACACUUACCGGGGUGGUCUCCGGUCGGCAAUUCGAGUGGCACGCGCUGUUGCAGAGACCGUGGCUCUGAAUCAUUCUAAUGUGAGGUGGUAUGUGUUUGGGGACGAUGACACCAUUUUCCUUCCGGAGAAUCUCGUUAAAACACUGUCAAAGUAUGAUCAUCGGCUUUGGUACUAUCUCGGCACCCAGUCUGAGAUUUAUGAACAGAAUCGUUUGUAUAGUUUUGGAAUGGGUUUUGGUGGAGGAGGCUUCGCUAUCAGUUCAUCUCUGGCGAAAGUUUUAGCCAAGGUUUUUGAUUCUUGUAUCGAAAGAUAUCCUCAUCUGUAUGGAAGUGAUGGGAGGGUCUUCUCUUGCAUAACAGAGCUCGGUAUAGGCUUAACGAAGGAGCCCGGAUUUCAUCAGGUUGAUUUGCGGGGAAAUCUCUUUGGUCUAUUGGCUGCACAUCCUGUGACUCCCUUGUUAUCCCUACAUCACUUGGAUCACACAGAUCCAAUCUUUCCCGACAUGACGAGAAAACAAGCUCUGCAACAUUUAUUUAAAGCUGUGGAUGUUGAUUCCCAGAGAAUUUUACAGCACACAGUUUGUUAUGACAGAUGGUUUUCGUGGACAAUCUCAGUAUCAUGGGGCUAUGCUGUUCAGGUUUUCCCGAACCACGUGUUUCUUCCAGAUGCUCUGAACGUUCAAACAACGUUCAAACAGUGGAAUAGAAGAAACUUUUGGUCAGGAGUAUAUACUUUCAACACCAGGGAACUUCACCCAGAUCCAUGUAGAAGACCCACCAUUUUCUACUUUGACAGUGUGGCUUCUGGUAAGAAUGGCAGAAUCAUUACCCAUUAUACGAAAAGCUUUCAAAACUGCUCAUACGACGCAGCGUCGCCCAGGAAACUGGAAAAGAUCACGGUUUUGACGAAUAAACUCGACCUUGACAUCAAACAGGCUCCGAGAAGGCACUGUUGUGAUGUAUUGCGCUCUAGCGCUCGUGAUUCAAUGGAGAUCGCAAUCAGAGAAUGCAAAGACGAAGAACUGAUCUACAUGCACUGAAAGAAUUAUAUCAUAAAACCACCUUUUGGGGUGCUCGGAGUUAAAGGACAUCAUUGCGGAACAGAACUAGGGAGGAUGAGAAGCGUCAAGGCUCAAGGGAUGGUUGAAAGAGCCUCGUCAAUCUAAAAAGUUCCAAUUUUUACAGAUACAAGUAGAGUUGAAGUUAAAACUUGUUAAUAAAGAAACUAAAGAUGACGAACAAGAAACCAUGUGAAAAAAUGCUUUAUUUCUACUUAAACGUUUGUUUAUUUUUGGAG